AUGGCUUCGCAGACUCAAGGGAUUCAACAGUUGUUGGCUGCGGAAAAAAGGGCUGCAGAAAAAAUCAAUGAGGCAAGAAAAAGGAAAUUCCAGCGCAUGAAGCAGGCCAAGCAGGAAGCUCAAGCUGAAGUGGAGAAAUAUCGUCAGUUCAAACAGUACGAGCAGACGUACCUAGGAACUAAGGAAGAUAUUGAGAGCAAAAUUCGCCGUGAUACUGAAAACGAGAUCGAGGCAAUGAAGAAGAACGUACUUGCUCAUAAGCAGCAGGUUAGAGAUCCUCUUUCUAUACAUGUUGAGUUUCUGAGUUUGAGUAAUUUUCAGGUCAUCGUUCGCUUAUUGCAAUUGGUUUGUGAUAUUAAGCCGGAACUACAUCACAACUUGAUCUUACAGAAGAAACUUCACGGACAAUUCUCUUAG